GCGGCUGUCCCUUUAAGAGCUGACGCAGAUCAGUCCGGUGUCCCACUCUGAGCAGAACACCUCCAGCAGAAGCAGCACUGCGGCUCGUCGCAGACGGCUCGGCCCGGAGACGUCGGCGCCUCCCUGGGCCCUCUCCGCCCAGCACCAUGGACUUUCUGAUGGGGAACCCGUUCAGCACGCCGGUGGGCCAGAAGAUCGAGCGAGCGACCAGCUCCAGCUCACCGUCUGAAGACUGGGACCUCAACGUGGAGAUCUGUGACCUGAUCAACAGCUCAGAGGAAGGGCCCAAAGAGGCACUCAGAGCCAUCAAGAGGAGGAUUGUGGGGAACAGGAACUUCAAGGAGGUCAUGCUGGCCCUCACUGUUCUGGAGUUCUGUGUGAAGAACUGUGGCUACAGGUUUCACAUCCUGGUGACGACGCGGGAUUUCGUUGAGGGGGUUCUGGUGCGCGCCAUCAUCCCGAGAAACAACCCCCCACAGGUGGUUCAUGACAGGGUUCUACGCGUCAUCCAGGCGUGGGCCGACGCGUUCCGCAGCUCUCCUGACCUGACAGGCGUAGUGUCGGUGUACGAAGACCUGCGCAGGAAAGGACUGGAGUUCCCCGCGGCUCAGCUGGAUGGUUAUUCUACAGCUCAGGGCACAAAAAAGACGUUGUCUGGGAACGGGCCUGCGGUCACCACCCUGCCCGCCGUACGUUUGUCCUCCACACCUCAGACUUCCGACCUGAAACUGGUCCUGGAGGGAACUAGUUCCAUCACUCCCAGCCAGGUGACAAAGCUAAAGACGGAGCUGGGAGUGGUGCGAAGCAACCUGACCACCAUGUCAGAGAUGAUGAGCCAGCUGGAUCCAGUCAUGGUAAAGCAAGCGGACAUGGAGCUGCUGGAGCAGUUAUACACAGUUUGUAAGGAAAUGCAGGAUAGGAUAGUGAAGAUCCUCCCCAGACUCAACGAGGAGAAGCUGAUCCAGGAGUUGCUGGCAGCUAACGAUGAAAUGAACACCGCCUUCACCCGCUACCACAGGUUUGAAAGGCGAUUACCGAACGGUCAAAGCAGUGACAAGGGCCACACGAAUGUCAACCUAGCAGACCUUGAGUCGUCCGUCAGCCAAUCAGGGUUUGCAUCUGUCAAAAGUGACAGCUCCCUCAGCCUGUCCAAACCUGACAGUCUGUCCAGUCAGAUGGCAAAACUUAGUACAAGUGAGUCAGACGACAUGUUAUCCCAGAAGAUAAACGUCCCCGCUUCACAAAGAUCCAGCCAGAAGGAUGGAGUCGCUGUGGACAGUCUGCCUCCAGCUCAGGAUGGCACUUCACUAAACUCUGGGAUGGAGGGGAGUCCAGCCUCCACCCGCAGCUCCUCACCAAAGUUAGACUGGAUGAUUAAAAGGGGAAUGAUUCCCAUCAGCCAGUCCAACGUUAUGGAUGAUAUAGAGAAGUGGCUAGCGUUGGACGAUGAGUAUGAUGACUAUGAAGACUCGGACGGUGUGACCAGUGAAGAGUUCGACAAGUUUUUGGCCGAAAGAGCAAAAGCAGCAGAGCGCCUGCCGUCCCUGCGAUCCUCCUCACAGGAGUUCAGCUACUCCAAUUCUUAAUCCCCACAUAAAUCUGACAAACUAUCAUUUCUCUCAAAGCACAUUUGGCUGGGAAACUGAGAUAUCUGGCUGGCGAUUGGCCCAGUGGACGUGUUAUGUCAGAAUUCCUUACUGGACAUGUUUGUGCAACUUAAUUACAAACUGGAGGAAAAAGGCUGGAUUUGAUGAUGUUUUUCGUUUAUCAAUGUGUACAUGAGCAAACAUUUGCACAAUUUUUACAUGGUUACAUUCCCGGUGUCGAAGAAAGAAAGAAUAUUGUUACAAGGCAGCCUUCGUUGUGUAUUAUAUUGCUGUUUAAUUUCUCUAUCAGUAAUGUGAACGGUAACAGAAAAAAGCCACAAAAGCAAACACUGUAAAAAAAAAAGAAGCUCAGCUGUAACAAACUGUAGUUUAAUGAUGUUGGAUGUGGGAGAUUUUUACUUCCAACUUUUCCCUUUGAAGAUGUUUUACUUGAAGUUUAAUAUGAGGUCAUGACAAGCUGCUGUCAAAAAUUAAACUAUUAACUAAAACUCA